AUGAAGAUCCAGGCCUCUUUCGUGACCCUUCUGGUCGUCGUCAGCGCCGCCAUCUCGGCUGCUGACGCCAAGGCCGACCUCUCCAAGCGCCCCGUCCGCCUUGCCCGCCGCGACGACGCCGCUGUCCAGAAGCGUGGCUUUGGUUUCGCCAACCGCUUCUUCCGCCGCGACGGCGCCUACGAUGCUGGCUCCAACCAGGAUGCCGAUGCCGCUGGCGCUAACGGCGGUGGUGACGUCUCCAACCCGGGUGCUGGUGGCGAUGAUGCUGCCAAGCCCGAGGACUACAACGGUGACAAGAACGCCGAUGCUGACAACUCGGGUGCCGACAAGCCCGCCGACGACGGCUCCAAGCCGGAGGACUACGGCAACGGCGCCUCUCAGCAGCCCCAGCAGCCCCAGCAGCCUCAGGGCGACGCUUCGCAGCAGCCCCAGCCGCCCCAAGGCGACGCUUCGCAGCAGCCCCAGCAGCCCAACAACGCUCCUCAGCAGCCCCAGCAGCCCCAGCCCGAGGGCUACGGCAACGGCGGCCAGCCUCAGAAUGCUCAACAGCAGGCUGACCAGCAGAAGCAGCAGCAGGAUGAGCAGAAGCGUCAGCAGGAGGAGCAGCAGCGCCAGCAGGAGGAGCAGCAGCGUCAACAGCAGGAGCAGCAGAAGCAGCAGCAGGAGCAGCAGAAGCAGCAGCAGCAGCAACAGCAGCAGGAGCAGCAGCGCCAGCAACAGGAGCAGCAGCGCCAGCAGCAGGAGCAGCAGAAGCAGCAGAAGCAGCAGAAGCAGCAACAGCAACAGCAGCAGCAGCAGCAGCAGCCCCAGCAGCCCCAGCAGCCCGAUCAGUCUCAGCAGCAGCCCCAGCAGCCCGAGGGCCAGCCCGGCUCUGCUCCUUCCAACGGUGACAGUGGCAAGCAGUGCCCUACCUUCCCUAAGCAGGGUGGUGGCAACGCUGACACUGCUCCUUGCUUUGACAAGAAGGCCAAGCGCAAGGACAUCUGCUCUGCGCUGAAGCAGUUCGGCAUCGACACCAAGCAGGUCGGCUGCUCUGACGAGGAGUGCAGCGAGGACGCCAAGGACUUCUCCGACCACGCCUGCAACAAGAAGAAGGAGUGCGACUUUGGCUGGGACAACAGCUGCGACUUCUACCUGCAGAACGGCUUCAACGGCCUCGACAAGUUCGGCUGCAGCGCCAACGGUGCUGCUGGCGCCGGUGCCGGUGCCGCUCCGGAGUCUGACGCCGACAAGUCCGGUGACGCUCCUUCUGACAACGGCGAUGCCUCCAAGGACGCUCCCGAGGACGACGGCGACAACAGCCAGCCCGCUGGAUACGCUCCUGGCCAAAACGCUGAUGCUGACAAGUCUGGCGAUGCGCCCGCGGACAACGGCGACGCUUCCAAGGACGCCCCCAAGGACGACGGCGACAACAGCCAGCCCGCUGGUUACGCGCCCGGCCAGAACGCUGAUGCCGACAAGUCUGGCGACGCUCCUGCCGACAAUGGCGAUGCGAGCAAGCCCGCUGGUGACGACUGCGAGAAGGGCAAGGACGCCGACAAGAACGGCGAUGCGUCCAAGGACUCGCCCGACUCUGGUGACCAGGACUCGGACGACUCGGAUGACUCGGACGAUGCCCCUGCUGACAACGGUGCCGACAGCAAGCCUGCUGGCUACGCGCCCAACCAGAACGGAGACGCCGAUGCCAACUAA